UUUUUUCCCCAUUUCUGCAGAUAUCUCAGAUGAUGAGUUACUACAUGGACACAGCGGUUGAAAAUCCGGCUCCCUAUCCUCUCUCCCGUCACGUAGUUAUGAGGCAAGGAGAUGCCAUUGCCUAUGAAGAUCCUUGGAUGACCUGUGGGUUCCAGUCCACCUGCUACCAGCAGAGGGCGUUCUAUCCACUCUGGGAUGAGACAGCCAUUCAGGAAGUGCCCACGGGGCUAGACUAUCACAACACAGAUAUGGAAUGUGCAGAUGUGCCUUUGUUAACUCCAAGCAGCAAGGAGAUGAUGUCACAGGCAUUGAAAGCCACCUUCAGCGGCUUUGCAAAAGAACAGCAACGCUUGGGAAUUCCCAAAGAUCCUCAGCAAUGGACCGAGACCCAUGUACGGGACUGGGUGAUGUGGGCAGUGAACGAAUUCAGCCUGAAGGAUGUAGACUUCCAGAAGUUCUGUAUGAAUGGAGCUGCCUUGUGCGGGCUGGGCAAGGACUGCUUCAUUGAACUGGCACCAGACUUUGUAGGAGAUAUUCUCUGGGAACAUCUGGAGAUCCUGCAGAAAGAAGAGGCAAAGCCAUACCCAGCAAACGGCGUGAACCCCACCUAUCCAGAAUCCCGCUAUACAUCAGAUUACUUCAUUAGUUAUGGUAUUGAACAUGCUCAGUGUGUUCCUCCCUCAGAGUUCUCAGAGCCCAGUUUCAUCACAGAGUCUUACCAGACCCUCCAUCCAAUCAGCUCGGAAGAGCUCCUGUCCCUCAAAUAUGAGACUGACUACCCGUCUGUCCUCCUCCGGGACCCGGUGCAGAUGGACGCCUUGCAGACAGACUACUUCACAAUCAAGCAGGAGGUGGUGACACCAGACAACAUGUGCAUGGGGCGUGCCAGCCGAGGUAAACUUGGUGGCCAGGAUUCCUUUGAAAGCAUAGAGAGCUACGACAGUUGUGACCGGCUGACACAGUCCUGGAACAGCCAGUCGUCUUUCCAGAGCCUCCAACGCGUCCCCUCUUACGACAGCUUCGAUUCGGAGGACUACCCAGUGGCCCUGCCAAACCACAAGCCCAAGGGCACCUUUAAGGACUAUGUGCGAGACCGAGCCGACAUGAACAAGGACAAACCUGUCAUCCCUGCUGCUGCCCUGGCUGGCUAUACAGGUAGUGGACCCAUUCAACUGUGGCAAUUCUUGCUGGAGCUUCUCACGGACAAGUCCUGCCAGUCUUUUAUCAGCUGGACAGGCGAUGGUUGGGAAUUCAAACUCUCCGAUCCUGAUGAGGUUGCAAGAAGAUGGGGCAAGAGGAAAAACAAGCCAAAAAUGAACUACGAGAAGCUGAGCCGUGGAUUGCGCUAUUACUACGACAAGAACAUAAUCCACAAGACUGCGGGGAAACGGUACGUUUACCGUUUUGUGUGCGACCUGCAGAGCUUGCUGGGAUACACACCUGAAGAACUCCAUGCCAUGUUGGACGUCAAACCCGAUGCCGAUGAAUGAACGGGAGGCGGGGACUGCAAAGAAGCUCUUGCAGAAGAUUCCAUGCGUCCAUCUAGAAAUCCUAUUGGACUUUCUACUUCCUUUUUCACUGCCAUGAUGUUCUAUUGGAGAGAAACUCAGCAUUUAAGUUGGUGGCACAGGGAUGGGUUAUACUAAGUGUUUGGAUGAGACUGUGACAUAGUUUUAGUUGGGGGGGGGGAGAGAGAAAGAGCUUUUGCAUGUGAAGGUUCUUGGAGAAUGUUAUUGGAGGUUGAAAUUUCAAAAGUUGGGGGGGAGGGAGGGAAGAGCUUAAACGUUUUGUUUGUUUUUAAAACCACCCUGCUGCAGUUAUUUAAUGCAUUUAUUGAUCACCCACAACCUGGGAUCCUAAGCUGACAAUCCACAAUGUUGAAAACCUCCCAAGGAAAGAUUUUCGGGAGAGUGAGGGAGAUAGUCUUAAGGGCACAGAAUGUUUUACAUUGCAGGGAAAACACAUUGGAAUAGCCAAUAACUGUGGUCCUAGCUUAUUGCAUUUCAAAAAAAGGCAGAUUUUCAUCAGGAGGGGACCAAAUCUUUUUUUUUUAUUAUUUGUAAAAAAAAAUGUUAUUUUAUUAAUUUUUGUGCCAGUAUUUUUUAAAAAAUAGUCUUAAGCUCAAAGACGGUCUCAGUAUUGCAA